AUGAAUAUUUUUUAAAUAAACAUUAAGUUGAUUUGUAAAUAGUAUUUUAAGAAUAUCAGCUCGCGAUUAUAGUAGUUUUUGUUCAGUAAUGUUAGUAAAUUAGCCCGUGUUUUCGCGCACUGCUGUAGGCUAACUUGAUAGCUUUUUUGUAGAACCAAAUGAUGGAAUUAGCCUGAUAUCGGCAAAUCCUGCCAACAAGAUGUCAAAGCGGCCGUCUUACGCCCCGCCCCCUGCUCCAGCCCCCACUACACAAAUGCCCACCACCCCUGGGUUUGUGGGGUACAACCCAUACAGCCAUCUGGCCUACAACAACUACAGGCUGGGAGGAAACCCCGGCGGAAACAACAGGGUAAUGAAUUCCUCUGGGAUUACGGUUCCCAAGCCGCCCAAACCUCCCGAUAAGCCUCUGAUGCCCUACAUGCGGUACAGCCGGAAGGUAAGCAGGAAGGUUUGGGACCAGGUGAAAGCCUCCAACCCCGAUCUGAAGCUAUGGGAGAUUGGGAAGAUCAUCGGGGGCAUGUGGAGGGACCUCACUGAUGAGGAAAAGCAGGAUUACUUAAACGAGUAUGAAGCUGAGAAGAUCGAAUAUAAUGACUCCCUGAAGGCCUACCACAACUCCCCGGCGUACCUAGCAUACGUGAAUGCUAAGAACCGUGCCGAAGCGGCUCUGGAGGAGGAGAGCAGGCAGAGACAGUCUCGUCUGGAUAAAGGAGAGCCUUACAUGAGCAUCCAGCCAGCUGAAGAUCCCGAUGAUUACGAUGACGGGUUCUCUAUGAAGCACACAGCAGCAGCUCGAUUCCACAGGAACCACCGUCUGAUCAGUGAUAUCCUGAGUGAGGUGGUGGUGCCUGACGUGCGCUCAGUGGUCACUACGGCGCGCAUGCAAGUGCUGAAACGCCAGGUCCAGUCUCUCAUGGUGCACCAGAGAAAACUUGAAGCGGAGCUGCUGCAGAUUGAGGACAGGCAUCAGGAGAAGAAGAGACGGUUCCUUGAGUCCACCGAUUCCUUCAACAACGAGCUCAAACGGCUGUGCAGUCUGAAGGUGGAGGUGGACAUGGAGAAGCUGGCAGCGGAGAUGGCGGCGGCGGAAGAAGCCGCGAAACGGAGGGCGGAGGAGAGGGAAAGGGAGAGAGAGAAGGAGAGAGAGCGAGAGAAAGAGCGAGAGACGGAGGCAGAGAAGACGGAGAGAGCGACGGAGGAAGAGCAGCAGGGAGCGAGCGGACCAAACAGCAGCGAGCAGAACGCCAGCACUGACAGCAAAGAGCAGGACAAACCCAGUCCAAUGGAGACAGAUGAGGCUCGUGCUGAUGUGUCUGAGGGCCAGCAGGAGUGUGAGGAGCGCACAGUGGAGAAGUCAGAGCAAGCAGAGAGUGGGUUAGAGGAGGGGGCAAGCGACAGUAAUCCUCCUCUAGAGAGAGAAAACAGCACAGAGUCCGCACCCUCUGACUCCGCACCGGAAGAGAGAGCCCCUGCCGCCCCACAGUAACUGAGCAAACCCCACACUCCUGCGCGUGUACACCCUCUGAACCUUGACGUACAGUGAAAUCAAAAGCCCUUAGAGGACACCACCACUUUUCUUUUUCUUUUUUUCUUUUCUUUUUUUUAUUUUUUUAUUUACCCCUUCGUCCUAUAGUAAUACCCCCGACCCAAUUGUAAAACAUUCAUUGAUUUCUUUGGGGCUAAUUAAAACCGCCUCUCUAAGAUUUGCUUUAAUAAAACGGAUGAUAUGUAGACAUUCUUCCUCACACAUUUCCGCAUUAGGCCUACAGAACUUGAAUUAUGUAUGACCUUUAGCACCGCAAGUUAAAAGGUAAUAUAUAAUUCAAAAGGAACGUGUGACCCAAGCUAAUAGUACCUUGGUUUUAUUAUUAGAACUUCACUUCAUUAAGGAACAGUAAAUCUCCCAUUUUAACCAGUGCCAGGCUUUGUGAAGUCAAGAAAAAAGUUCAAUUUUGCUCCCUCUAUGCUCACAUCUCUUAAAAUUCAGAGUUUUUCUCUCAAUUUGAAACCUUAAUUAUAGCUGUAGACUGUUUAUGUAGCCUAAUUUCUUCCCUCUUUUAUUUUCCUAAUAUUCUUUCACUGAGCUGAUUACAUAUCUUGGCAGGAUAUUGCCAUAAAGAGCAGGUGAAACCGUCACCAAUCUCAUUAGGUUGUUAGCCUACAUAUUCUCAUUAAAUGCAAACGUUUUGUACUGUUACAAUGUAUUACCCAAUAAAGUGAUUUAUAUGUCUUAA